GGUAGGUAACUUUGCUAGUAGUACUACUACUAGUACCAAUGCUAGACCAGACUCCACCAACUGCACGCAGCGGUGGUGCUGCAGCUUGCAAAUUAUGCUGGUGGCAGUGGUGCCAGCAGUGGCGGCUGUUCUCUCCUAAUGCUGCGAGUAGGCACUUUAGGCUGCCUGUCAGUAGGGAGUAGGGAGUAGGGAGGGGACAGCCGCUUCCCAAUUUUGUUAAAAUAUAGAUGUGCUGGAUGUGGAAGAUGCAGCAUAAGAGCUCUGGACAAGCAUUUCUUGUGAAGAUGCCGUUCUUGAAAAGCAGAACGGCAUGUGACAGUGCUUCCAUCUGCACUCGCAACGACGAAGACACGCUUGAGGCUGCCAGAGUCGUGGCCAAGUCACCACCUUUUGACCUGCAGUGAAGCUAGAUGCAGAUGGCUGGCAAUUCUGCAUUUCCUGAUCUACAAGUCUGAGAAUCCGCAGUCUCUAGCUCUGCAACAUGAUUGCAGAAUUGUUGCUGCUUUGAAAUUCAUCCCCUGGUUACUUUCAGCUAGUUUGCCUGUAUGGAAGUUGAGGUGCAGCUUUCAGAGGCGCAGCAGAGCAGAAUCUCUGGCUACGAACAUGAGGCAGCUGCACAUCUCAUUCAGGAGCUUGUAAAGUUCUGCUUGUAUGACCAAGGGUUGACGCCAAGUAUUUACGACACACUGAAAGCGACAUGUCAGCAGUCAGGAUCUACUCAGAACCUCGGAACCACCCGCAGAAAGAUCUCAGAUCGAAGAACCUACAAGUUCGUUGCGGGUGUUGAAAAAAUGUUUGAUGCAAUCACAGCCACCAGCAUUGCAGCGUUAGAUUCCAAAGCAGCCGUUCUUCUCAUUGGCCCGUCCUUGUUGCGCCCUAGCAUCAUCUACCAGUUCGACUUUAGGGUACUGAACCAGCUUAGGCAACCAGAUGCUAUUGAAUCCACUUCACAGUCUGGGACCAUCCAGGUCAACAGUAGCAGCAUAUGCGAACAGCCUGAGCCUGCAGACAGUCAACGUGAGCAAUUCAGUGUAAGCCUAUUAAGGGAGGACGAGAAUUUUGACGCCGUCCAGAAACCGAUUGAAAUCAUCGCCAAGAAGGUAGUGAGGGCCUUGGUGAUGAAUGCAAGCCGGAUGAAUUUUGGAGGCAAUAUCCAAGGCACAAAGAAGAUGCACGUGCUUCUGCUGGGAGCUUGUGUAGCAGAAGCCCCUAGAGGCCUUCUUCCUAAGCGGAAUGUCCCAUUAGAUCACAAAAAGGCGCAAGUAGUGAAGGUAGUGCUGGUUGGAUCAAAGAUCGACCAGAUGGUGUCUGAUCUGCUAUCGAACGGUGGCGGUCAACAAACCUGGUAUCAAUGUGGAGAUUCUGUAAAGGGUCUUCGGUCGGACGGCACUCAGUAGAGACAUGACGAGUUUGCAUGUGAACUAACGCUUCGUGCAAAACCUUGUAAUCAGUAGGUUCAAAAAGACGUCCGUAAAAGUGAGGUGCAAUUUGGGAAUCCUUCGGAAUUCAGAUUCUAUGAUCGGUACGUUCAGACGUGCCACUUCGACUUGGAUUGAUAGUGGAUAUUAUAAAUGACGCUUAUUGAGGCACUUGAUGUCAAAACGGCCCCCAAACGGGCAUUGCUAUUCUUGAGACCGCGCCAGCCCUGUUGUAUGCACGCGCGCCGCGGUGCAUGCAUUUGGACUCAGCUUACGAACCAAUUUUGUAUUACAAAAAUGUCUGUGAUUG